GAGAGCGAGAGAUCGAGAGAUUCCAGUUCCAGAGGGGAGGGGCCUCUCCAAUCCGUGCCCUACCCGCAAGGAAGGAAGGCCGCGGCGGUCGCCGCCGCCGCUUCUCUCUCUCCGACGGGGCCGCCAACUCCCGAGUCCUGACGCCUCCGAUGCAAGAAAGACCAUAGGUUCUUGGACACAAGCAAGAUCAAGCAGUCGACAUGGAACCGUCUUCACAACCUCAGCCUGCAACGGGUGAUGUCGUUGCUGGUGGAUCACAAGUGUAUCCUGCCUCAGCCUAUCCACGUGCAGCAACAAUAGCGGUAGCUCCUGGUAUCAUUCCUGCCGGUUCACAGCCAGCAUCACCAUUCCCUGCCAAUCCAGCCCAGCUCAACGCUCAAAACCAGCUUAUCUACGAGCAAGCGCAGCAAUUUCAGCAGCAGCUCCAGCAGCAGCAGCAGAGGCAGCUGCAGCAGUUCUGGGCCGAACGACUGUCGGAGGUUGAUCAGGCCACCGACUUCAAGAACCACACCUUGCCACUCGCCAGGAUAAAGAAGAUCAUGAAGGCCGACGAGGAUGUCCGCAUGAUCUCUGCCGAGGCCCCGGUGGUCUUUGCGAAAGCGUGUGAGAUAUUCAUACUGGAGCUGACGCUGAGGUCGUGGAUGCACACCGAGGAGAACAAGCGCCGGACCUUGCAGAAGAAUGACAUCGCCGCCGCCAUCAGCAGGACCGACAUCUACGACUUCCUGGUGGACAUAAUCCCCAGGGACGAGAUGAGGGAGGAGGGGGUUGGGAUUCCCAGGGCCGGGCAGCCGCCGCUCUUGGGGGACACGCCGUACCCGUACUACUAUCCGCAGCAGGUGCCAGGUGCGGUGAUGGGGUACGGUGGCCAACAGGUGCAGCAGGGCCAUCUGCCGUAUGUGUGGCAAGAUCCUCAGGAGCAACAGCAGCAGGGCCCUCAUGCGGAGCAACAUCAAUCUGAAAGCGGCUGACAACAUUGUGAGCAACCACCGGAUUCAGCAUCGUCAGCUUAGCCAGGACAUCCGAAGUUCCAAACUAAUUUUCAGGUUUCGCAAUAGAUUAUAUGAUGGUUUCUUUUUGUCUGUCGAUAUGGGAGAGAUUUACUAGUUACUUCGUGGAAUUUUGUUUCUGUCGUGGUGGUGGUGCCCUUACAAAAGGGUUAUAUGAUUAGAGACUAAUUUGUUGAAA